AUGGGUGACUUCCAGCCAUGGCUGCUUACUCUCCUUGGUGGCAUCGUUUGUCUUAUUUUUCUGGUGAAAUGCAUCCAAUUUUUGAAGUAUUUCCUGCCACAUAUAUGCAGUACUUUGCCUAAGUCUUUUUUCCAGUCAAUGGGAGAAUGGGCAGUGAUCACUGGAGCAGGAGAUGGCAUUGGAAGGGCCUAUGCCUUUGAGCUGGCCAAACGAGGACUAAAUAUUGUUUUGAUAAGCAGAACACUCGAAAAAUUGCAGAAGGUAGCCUCUGGCAUUGAAGAGACUACAGGAAGAAAAACAAAAAUAAUUCAAACUGACUUUACCCGAACAGACAUAUAUGAUGAUAUCAAAGAAAGUCUCCAAGGAUUAGAAAUUGGUGUUUUGGUCAACAAUGUGGGGAUGCUUCCUGACAAACUUCCAUGCCGUUUUCUUAAUAUGCCAGACAAUGAUCAGGCCAUCCUCAACUGCAACAUCUUGUCUCUCACCAAGAUAACACGGAUAAUUUUGGAACAGAUGAUCCCGAGACAAAAGGGUCUGAUUCUGAACAUCUCUUCUGCUGUUGGUACUUUUCCUUGUCCACUUUUUGCCAUCUAUUCUGCCUCUAAAGCUUUUGUAUACACGUUUUCAAGAGCACUUCAAAUGGAGUAUAAACCAAAAGGAAUCAUUAUACAGGGAGUGACUCCUUUUGCUGUUGCAACUCAAAUGUACAUGAGAAAGCCCAGUCUAACCAUCAAAUCAGCAGAAGAAUUUUGUAGAGAGUCACUGGAGUAUGUCAAGUUUGGCGAUACAACCUUUGGAUGCUUAGCCCAUGAAAUAUUGGCACUGCUGAGACAGUGCAUUCCUUUGUGGGUCUUCGAGAAUCCAAGAGUCCAAGACAGAAUAAUAGACAUGAUUUCACCUUCUGUGAAAAAGUCUUCAAAAUGCGCCUGAUAAAGAUCCCUUCCGGAACACCAGUGGAAUGCAGUCUGGUAUGAAUUAAGCCAGCAAUGAUUUUGAUUGAUUGAAAACCUUUAAAUAUGAGUUUGAGGAGACCUUCAAAAUCCUUUAUUAAAUUUAUCUGGUUCUGUGUUGUCUUUUCUGGAGCCUGACUUUACAGCUGGUACAUAUUUUUAAAUGAUGUUAUUUUCACAGUACUGAUUUUCACAUUUAAUGUUGGUUUUCAUGACAUGAUUGAAGCAUGAUUUUGAAGGGUAUUGUUUUAAUCAAUUACUUCAUUGAUUAAAUUUGCACGUGGGCAAAAUUAAAUAAUUCUGAAUCAGGAAACAUACAUUCUCUUUUUUACAAAGUUCUUGCACAUGUUGCAGUAAGUAUCAUUUUAGAAGGCUGCCUCUUUUAAGCUUCUGUUAUAAAUCCUUGUAUUAAAAAUUGUAUGAACUAAAAAGGGUAGUAGAGGCUGAGAUCUAUUAGACUGUUAGACA